AUGUCCAGUAUCACGAGAAAAGAAUUCAAAUUUAAAGUGGUAUUGCUAGGAGAAGGAUGUGUUGGAAAGUCAUCUCUAGUUUUGCGAUUUGUGGAAAACAAAUUCAGCACUAGACAUCUGUCAACUAUCCAGGCUAGUUUCCAAAAUAAAACCGUCCAAGUAGAUGACUGCAAAGCAGAGCUCCACAUUUGGGACACAGCUGGACAGGAGAAGUAUCACGCACUCGGACCAAUAUACUAUCGUGGCAGCAAUGGUGUGAAAAACUGGGUUCUUGAAAUCAAAACAUGUCUCGGAAAAACCGCCGAAAUUCUGAUUGUCGGGAACAAAAUUGAUUUGGAUGAUGAAAGACAAGUAUCACGACAGGAAGCCGAAUCAUAUGCCGAAUCGGAAGGAGCAUUGUACAUGGAAACUUCCGCCCAGGAGAAUAGAGGGAUAUCGGAAGCUUUUACAGCUCUGACAGAAAAAAUGAUUCAGCAUUCUCGAACAGCCACGGCCGAGGCACCCCUCUCGAACCGAUCGAUUCGUCUUAUCGAUGAAGAACCUUUAGAAGAGAGCAGACGCAAGAAAUGCUGCUGA